AUUAGCUUGAGUGUUGUUGGCUAGGCUGCUAGCUCACUCGCUACAAGUCUGGACUUGUGACUUUGUGCAAAGUUGUUCAGACAGUGAUGUGUGAGGGUCCCUCCAUGAUAUCUGGGCCCAUACCCCCGGAUCCAUCCCUUUUUCCCAACUACUACAAGCGUCCGUCAUCUGCUAGGGGUCGUCUGGAGGGGAACGCUGAUGGAACCUUAGCACUUCUCUCUGGUCCCUUAGCCCCAGACCCUGUGUUGUACCCAGGCUGCUACAGCGCACACAAACCUAAGCCCUACCGCAUCGGCCCUAAUGCUACACACAUCCUGGAGAGGGGCCAGAGUGGGGUGGUGGGGGCCCUGCUCAAGCUGGAAGGGGUCUCCCUCAAUCCCAACCCGUCUAAGCACAAACAGCUGGUGCGUGACUAUGGAAAGGAGAACGUGCGUCGGCUCAGGGAGAUCCAGAGACGCUGCAGAGAACAGGAAGCACAGCGGGAGCGUUCCCGUCCUGUCCCUGUCAAAGCCCUGUGGACCUCACCCAAAUACCAGGACGUCCCCUCCAGGGUCAUGGCCCAGCUACAGGAGACCAGUCCACCAAAGAGACUGGAUUGUCAGAAUUUUUUGAAGGCACAUUCUGUCUGUGGCUCUGCUGGACCCCCGAGACCAAAGCGUGCCAUCUCACCCUCCCCAAGAUCAAGCUGUCUCCUAUCCCCGUUCCCCUCUCCUCGUCCAGCCUCACAAAACCAUGCAGAGGACCAGAGUUCCCAGUUGCAGAUGCAAGACCGUACAGUAGACUUUGUGAGCCACAAUGCGCGGGCUGCUGGGAAAACUGUCCUCCGUCGUUCCCAGUCACUGACCAACCUGAAGAACAGCCAGCCCCUGCCCAGUGCAGUCAAGGGACAGGUGCCUCAGUACCUUGAGGAGCGUAAAGAGCAAUGGCGUAAGGAGGAGGAGGAGAAGAGGAGGAACAUUCCUGAUCCAUCCAUCCCAGCUGGCCACACCCUGAUGCCUGAGAGGGAGAGACAGGAGACCCUGCAGUCACUUAAAGAGACCCAUCAGUCUCUGGUGAGUGAGCUGCUGUCUCUUCCAGUCAAAGCUGAUUCCCUGGGUGUCCGCUCGCGCCGUGCUCAGCUGGACCGCAGGCUUUCUGAGGUGGAGGAGGCCAUCAAGAUCUUCUCUAGGGACAAAGUCUACAUCAAGACUGAUUCCUAACUAAAACAGAUGAGAGUGGGUCUUUUCAGAAAAAAAGACAAGCUACUGAAGAUGAUUCUGGAGUCCAAGAGGAAGCUGGGACAUAGACUCUAGGGCUCUAAUUUACAAAAUGCAUGUUUUGAAAAUUAAGUGAUUGAUUUGUAAGCAGGCAUAAUGUCCAUGCUUUAAUUGCCUACCACUGAAUGUAUUACUUUCUGACUCACCACUGCAGAACCCAGGGGUAUCUUUAGGAGGUCAAUAGGCAAUACAGCACUUCUGUUGUCAGAGUAUCAACCGUAAUCAACUAUUUAGCUGUGGCGUGGUUAUAAUACAUUGCCCAUAUUAACUGACUCUGUAUUUCUGUGGAACGACUAAAAUGUGAUGACGGGGUUUAUUGUCUGGCUUUUGUCAUAAACUACUGUUUAUUGACUGGGAUUGUUAAUAAGUGAUUAGGUGUGUAGUGCUUUGAUUCUAGUUAAUCAUUUCAUUUAACUUGAAUCCUCAUAAAUGGAAGAACCAGAAACCUCUCCACUAUUUUUCAGACCUUUAGUAUGUGUGUACCGUAUUGUCGUAACACUACCACUCUGUAGUCUACAUUUAACCACUUAUUAAUAUAAUAAAACCUUUAUUUCAUAUGA